GUGCGCCUUUCUUUCCCGCUGAAAAGAAGUACCAAAACUCCGCCAAUUCUAAUUGUCGGGACUGCGACAGUUGAUACUCUGCGGGAGCUCCCAAUUCCCAGUUCCCAUUGAAAACCUUCCCCUUUUCUGAAGCGAAAGCAACAACUUAUCAGAAACCCUACACCGCAAAGUUGUUUCGUUGUGGCCACCACCGUUACCACAGCAAUACUUGUGUGGACAGCUGAUGCCCAUAAUCACUGUGGGAAAAUAUCGACAAUUCCACCUUGAGUUGAUUAUGGGUUGCGGGUCCGCUUCUUUAUUAAGGCAUAGAUACGCAAUGGUUUCUGGGAUUUCUUAUUGUUCUAGAACCCAUAACCUUCUUCUUCUUCUUCUUCCAGUUUUCGUCUUUGCCUGCUACCUAUUUGAUGUUUUGCCCCUCCCGCAGUUUUUGUUGUUUUCCUCUUUGGUUUUGGUUGGGAAGCAUAAAAGUCGUGAGUUUGAGAGUUAUUAUGUAGUUCCGGAUUUUCUCGCUAUCAACACUUCGUACAAGUUAAAGGGUCUCUCUUGAGUUCUCUCUGCUGCGUGCUGCGUGGUUUUUUUAAGUUCCAAAGCUUCAUGCAACCAUUAUUGAACAAUUGCUUGGUUGAAUUAAUAUCUUGAGUUGUGUACGUGAAGAGGGUUGGAAGCUCUUUGUAAAAAUAUUUGCUUGAUUGGCUGGCUCUGACCGGAACUGUUCUGUUGCCUGUGAGUGAGACAUGGCAUCGUUGGUUAAAACUUUUCCUGUCUCUCUUCCUUUCUUGAGAAUUCCAGAGAGCAGCAAGCAUCAUUUUCAAGUGAAGGUACGGAGUUUAGACAGUGGUGCAAACUCAACUUCGACAGGAUUUUCAUCAGAUUCAGUGGUCGUGAAUGGAAGGAGUUUCACAAGAGGCAAAGAUGAGGUGGAGUCUCUGUUUGAUGGUGGUGCUGUUGAGCAGAAAGAGAAGAGCGUGGCUCCUCUGGUUGAUGACGAGAAUGAGAGAUUUAUGAGGUUAAGCAGUGUUCGUGAGAAAAAUAGAGGGAAAGGUGCUAUUUCAGAGGAUAUGGAUGUGUUAUGGGAUGAUGGAUAUGGAACCAAGACUGUGAAAGACUAUCUUAUUGCAUCUAAAGAUAUGAUUAGGCCAGAUGGAGGGCCACCUCGUUGGUUUUGUCCUGUUGAGUGUGGGGAACCUCUCAAAGAUUCUCCCAUUCUUCUAUUUCUUCCUGGGACCGAUGGUGUUGGCUUGGGACUUACGUUGCAUCAUAAGGCACUCGGGAAGGUGUUUGAAGUUAGGUGCCUCCAUAUUCCAGUUUAUGACCGAACUCCAUUCCAAGGCCUGGUGAAAUUUGUGGAAGACACUCUGAAGUUUGAGCAUGCCUCAUCUCCGAAUAAGCCAAUUUAUCUGGUAGGGGAUUCAUUUGGAGGAUGUUUAGCUCUUGCUGUCGCUGCCCGGAAUCCUCAAAUAGACCUUGUAGUCGUACUUGUCAAUCCAGCAACUUCGUUUACUAGGUCUCAGAUACAACCUCUGCUUCCUGUCUUGGAGGCUAUGCCUAACGAAUUCCAUAGUCUGGUUCCCUAUCUUUUGAGCGGCAUCAUGGGUAAUCCAUUAAAAAUGGCAAUGGUUGAUUUGGAAGAUAGGCUUCCUCCAAGAGCGAAAAUUGAACAGUUGUCUGGAAAACUUACAUCGUUACUUGGUUAUCUUUCUGUGUUAAGUGAAAUUAUUCCAAAGGAAACUCUUGUUUGGAAGCUGAAACUGAUACAGACAGGUUCUUCUUAUGCUAAUUCACGUCUGCAUGCUGUAAAAGCUGAAGUACUACUAUUCGCCAGUGGCCAAGAUUCUAUGCUUCCUAGCAAAAAUGAAGCUCAACGUCUGAAAAAGGGGUUGCAGAAUUGUCAAGUUCGUUACUUCAAAGACAACGGGCAUACCCUUCUAUUGGAAGAGGGCCUCAGUUUGCUUACUAUCAUUAAGGGUGUAGGCAAAUAUCGUCGUUCGCGGAAGGUCGAUUUUGUCAGGGAUUAUGUCCCACCCAGCAAAUCAGAAUUUGAACGGGUAUUCUUCAAAGAUGGCAGGUUCAUGCAGGCAGCUACUGGAACUGUGAUGCUGUCAACAUUACAAGAUGGAAGUAUAGUGAAAGGUCUAGCUGGAGUUCCAACACAAGGGCCUGUGCUGUUAGUUGGGUACCACAUGCUGAUGGGUAUUGAACUUCAGUCCCUUGUUGGGGAGUACUUGAAACAGAAGAACAUCCUCCUUCGCGGUAUAGCUCAUCCAGCAAUAUUCGGCGGCAGAUUUGAGUCCUCAUCCUCUGAGUUCAAUUUCCAGGACUGGAUUAAAGUGAUGGGUGGAGUACCAGUUGCAGCAAGCAAUUUUUUCAAAUUGCUCUCAUCAAAAUCACAUGUUCUUCUUUAUCCUGGAGGUGCCCGAGAGGCUCUACAUUACAAGGUAUGCAUGAUACACUGCUUUUUAACAUGAUAGCAUAGUCUUUGGCUGUUCAAAAUUACGCAUUUGAAUACUGAUAAUCCCCAAAAAGAGAGAUGGGAAGAUAAGAAGGCUGCAUAGUUCAGCCCCAUGUUGCCAGUUGAAGUUCCAUUUGCCUGUUAAAGGACGGCCGUUACUACUUUCAAUCUCCCCAUUGGCUCAAUUCAGCUACUGGUUUUCCUUUUCAACAAUUUCCAGGGGGAAGCACACAAGCUGAUCUGGCCUGAACAACAAGAAUUUGUCAGAAUGGCUGCCAAGUUCGGAGCUACAAUUGUACCGUUUGGAGGCGUUGGAGAAGAUGAUCUAGUAGAGUUAGUUCUGGACUACAAAGACCUGAUGAACAUCCCUAUCCUGAACAACUAUGUUAGAGACAUUGCUCACAGUGGUCCGAGAGUGAGGGAUGAGGCCAAAGGAGAAGUUGCCAACCAACAACUCUUUGUUCCAGGGCUUUUGCCAAAGGUUCCUGGCCGAAUGUAUUUUCUCUUCGGGAAGCCUAUAGAGACUACAGGAAGGGAAGACAUCCUCAGAAACAGAGAAGAAGCUCAACAGCUCUACUUGCAGAUAAAAUCUGAUGUCCAAGCAAAUAUAGAUUACCUUUUGAAGAAGAGAGAGAAGGAUCCUUACCGGAGUGUUUUUGACAGAAUGGUUUUUCGUGCACUGUAUCCUUCUUUGCAGGAAGUUCCCACAUUUGAUCUCUAAGAAGAGCCAUUGGCACUAAUUAAAGCAGUUGCUGCAAAUUCUGGCAUUCGUUCACAAAAAUUUGUUUGUAUAAAGGGAAGAAACGAGUAGGAUGCGAUUGCUAGGUCCUGAUAUAUAAUCGAUUAUCUGUUGUAUUGUCAUACAUUAGAGAAGUGGAAGACUUCGGUUAGACA